CGCGGGCAUGCGGGUUGAUGAAGCCGUCCAACUGGCUGCGGUACACAUGCAUCCGGAUUGUGGACAAUCUGUGGUUUGAGCGCGCAGUGCUGUCUGUGAUUGUGGCGAAUGUGGUCAUUCUCAUUCUCGAGUCGCGGUUCUCAGAGUCGACAUUUGAGGCGCUGGAGAUUGGGUUCUCUGUGGUGUACACGAUCGAGAUGAUGCUCAAGAUCACUGCGUCAGGCGUGUGGCGGCACAAGACGGCGUACUUUCGGGACGGGUGGAACUGGCUCGACUUUGUGGUGGUUGUAGUUGGAUGGCUCACGCUUGUGCCUGGAGUCAAGAACGCGACGGCUAUCCGUGGGCUUCGGGUGCUGCGGACGUUGCGGACUCUACGGCAUGUGCGCGGCCUGCGUGUGCUCAUCGAGACGUUCCUAUCGGCGGUCCCUACGUUUGCUCGUGUCCUUGUGCUCAUCGGAUUUGUGAUGGUGUUCUUUGCAAUUUACGGGACCAAUCUGUGGUCGGGCAAUCUUCGGCAGCACUGCGUCGGCUUUGGGAUCGUGGAUGAGGACGUGCGGUGCUCGCGCGACCCGAGCCACGGGCUGCAGUGUCCGACGGUGUCAGCGUUUAACCCGGUCUCGUGCGUCAAGCUGGGCGAAGAGCGUAACCCGGAUCGCGGGUUUACCUCGUUCGACCACUUUGGAUUUGCUUCGCUUGCGGCGUUCCGGGUCUUCUCCGGCGAUGAAUGGGCCGAGCUCCUGUUCUUCGUCAUGGACUCGUGGUCUGCCUGGGCUGUUGUCCUCUUCCUGCCGUUUGUUCUCUUCUCCUCGCUCUUUGCCAUCAACUUCAUGCUCGCCGCUCUGUUUGACCACUACGUGGACAUUGAGGCCGAGGCACGGGCGCAGGACGAGGCGCUCGAGUCGGCCAUUGCCCAUGCGCGGACGCUGGCGGCCAUGAUCCGGACGCGGCACCACCAUGGGGCGCACCGUGGGGGGUCCGGAUCGGACGACGACGACAACGACUACGAGUCUGGAUACGGCGAGUACGAGUACGAUUCUGAGCCUGAUUACUCGGAGGAGCAGGAGGCGUCGAGCUCGGCGUCGUCGACGAGCUCGUACAUGACACUCUACUCGGAGCCGUCCCAGGCGGAGGCCAAGGCCGAGGUUGUGCGGCGAUACAAGCCGGCGCAUGGGGUCGGCGAGGCGCCGCGGUGGUGGGAGCACCCGAUUGGGGCGUUCCAGUUUCGGCACCGCGAGGCGUUCAACUUUUUCUCGGUUCCGCAGCACAAGCUCAAGGCCGAGUACCUGAGCAACAAGCCCGGGUUUGUUUCUGCGCUUCGGCGGAUGACCGAUUCUGUGGCUUUUUCUGUCGUGAUUGGUGCGCUUGUCCUUGCCAACGUCGUGGUCAUGGCGCUCGAGCACGCGUCGAUGAGCGAGUCGAACCGUGACAAGCUCGACCUCGCCAACGCCAUUUUCAUUGGUGCCUUUAUCCUCGAGUUUUUUGUCAAGCUCGCCGCCAUGGGUGUCAAGGGUUACCUCCGUGACCGGUUCAACAUCUUUGAUGCUCUUGUUGUUCUGGCGUCGGUCAUUGAGCUCCUCUUUGCAUCGACAACUUCGAUCUCUGUCUUCCGUGCACUUAGAGUGGCGCGGAUUUUCAGGCUGGCCCGGACGGCCCGGUGGAUGACGUACGUGCGGACAACGCUGCACUGUGCAUACAAGUCUGUGCCGAACACGCUGUUCCUUGUUGUGCUCACAUCGCUGUUUGCGCUCGUCUUUGCGCUCAUCGGCAAGCAGCUGUUCCAGGACGAGAUGCGGUUUGAUGAGACCGACGUUCCGCGGACCAACUUUGACUCUGUGUUUUCGUCGCUGGUGAGCGUUUUCGUGCUCAUGAGCGGCAAGGGCUUUGCGACGACGCUGUACGACACGAUGGAGGUGGAGCCGUGGUACGGGGCGCCGUUCUGCAUUGUUGUGUUUGUGUUUGGCAAGCUACUCGUUGUCAACCUCUUUGCUGUUGUCAUUCUUUCCAACUGGGACCCUGUGGGUGCGCAAGCUGAGGCCGAGGCUGAUGCGCGUGACACAAGCACCGCCAGCGAGUCGUACUCGUAUGUGGCUGACUCGUCCGAGCUGGACUCGUACUCUGAGGAGCAGGAGGAGGCGUCGCGGAAGCGAGGCGGCGGCAAGAAGAAGCGGCGCAAGUCGGCGAAGCGCGAGUCCUCGUCGUCGUCGUCGCUCUCGUCGCUCUCAUCGCUUUCCGAGUACGGUACGCGGACGGCGGCGCUCGGGUACUCGUCAGACGAGGUUGGCGGCGGCAGCGGGGUCUGCGGUGCGGCUGGACGGUGGUUGUACGAGUUGGUGACAGUGCCGCGGUCUGACGGGCAUGUGGGUGUCCCGGUUCACCUGGCCAAGACCAAGCCAGAGGGCGUGGCAUCCGGGGCGUGGCUGGUAGCCUCGCAGGGGUACGAGAUGGUUGUGGACGUGCUCAUUGUUGCUGCGUGCGUGUAUCUGUUCUGGGACGAGCCCGGGAGUGAGGGCGACGUGCUGCGUGUGCUUGACAUUGUUGUCUUUGUGCUGUUUGCGCUGGAGGCGGCGGUGCGCGUUGCGACGUACCGGACGGCGCUGCUACGCGACGCGAGCGCGUGGCUGGACGUUGUGGCGCUGGCCGGAUGCGGGCUGGGGCUCGUGGGCGGGCUGCGAUUCUUGCGCGGGCUGCGGUUCCUGCGGCUGGUGCGUGUACUCUCGCGUCUCCGUCCCGUGCGAGUGAUGGUUCGUGCGGCGCAGGUGGGCGUUCCGCGGCUUGCGGGUCCGUUUGCGGUGUUUAUCAUGUUCUUCUUUGCGUUUGCGCUCAUGGGCUUGCAGCUGUUCCAGGGUCGUUUCGGGCAGUGCUCAGACGCUACGCGGACGAGCGUGGAGACGUGCAAGGGGCUGAUGGGGCCGAACGAGGCGCGGGUGUGGGUGACGCCUGCGGUCAACUUUGACGACUUUGGGCAGGCACUGUACGCGAUGCUGCACCUGACGGCGCUGACGGACUGGACGCCGGUGCUGUAUGCGGGCAUUGACGCGCCGCAAGAGAUCAACACUGCGGCGCAGUUUGAGGCGUCGCGGGCCAACGCGCUGUUCUUUGUGGCUUACAUUGUGGUGCAGCUCUGGUUUGUAGCGCCGCUGUUCUUGGCUGCUGUUGUGGACACAUUUGUGGACGUAGCACGCGAGAUGGGCGGCUCUGUGUACGAGCGUUCGUCGGUGGUGGAUGCGCGGCUGGGCGUGUUUGUGACGGAGAUCUCGACCGAGCUGAGCGAGGAGUACGAGGCGCCGCCGGCGGGCGCGUCGUGCCGGACGCCGGUGUUCCGGAUGGUGACGUCGGACGCGUUUGAGAUUUUGAUUGCGGUGAUUAUUGUGAUCAACACGGCGUACCUUGCGCUCCGGCACGAGGGCCAGACCGACGAGUGGGACACGCACCUGCUUGUGGUCAAUGCGGUGUUUGUGGCCCUCUACGCACUGGAGGCGCUGCUCAAGAUUGUGGGACUCGGGUGGCAGUACUUUUGGCCGUUGUCGUGGAACACGUUUGACUUUGGCGUCCUUGUCCUCUCUGUUGUGGGCCUUGUUCUCGAGGCGGCCGAGGGUGAGGCGACGGCGCUGUCUGUCUUCCGGAUGUUCCGGCUGCUGCGUACGGUGCGGCUUGUGGCACGGACGGGGGCAAUGCAGGCGCUGUUCCACGUGGCGACGCGUGCGCUGGUUCCGCUCGUGCUUGCGCUCGCGGGCGUGGUGGCGAUGACCCUGCCGUUUGCGUUUAUGGCGAUGGAAGGCUUUGGCUCGCACUCGCUCUCGCGCGGGCUCGAUGACAACCAGGAGUUCCGGUCGCUUGGGCAGGCGCUGCUUCAGUUUAUGCGGGUCUUUACCGGCGAUACGUGGGGCUUCCUCGUGGAGAGCCAGCUCAAGGGCGAUGGGGCGGCGGUGGCACUGUUUGCCAUCUACUGGGUGGCAGUGUUCAUGGGCGGCAUCCACGUCUUUACCUCGAUUGCUUUUGCAGCUUACGGCGAGGCAACGCGGUUUGUGCAGCUGUACAACCGCCGUGAGACGCUGCACGGCUUCCGGAUGGCGUUCCUCGACGAGGCCGGCGGCGACCUGGAGCAACCGAUUGCCCCUGACGCGCUCCGCGACGUGCUCGCCGAGCUCCCGUCGCCGCUGGGGCUUCCUCUCGACGCACGCAAGGCGCACGCAAUGGGCCACUUUACUCGCUACGACGUGGCAGUCCGUGCCACCGGUGUGUACUACGGCGACGUCGUUCGUGCCUUUAUCCUCACCGAAGUCGGCCAUGACAUCGGCACCGCCACCGAUGGCGCCGGCCACGGCCGAGUCAUCUCCUCGAUGGCGCGCGAGACCGAGGCGGCGUUUACUCGCGGCAAGAGCAAGAGCAAGGGCAAGCGAUAG